GGACCCUGAAGACAUCAUACUGUAGCGUGGCGAGGGCGGGCCGUGUGACGUAGAGCUGAGGCUCUGGCUGUUUAUUGUUCCUUCCCCAACACCGACAGAGAAAAACAGGCUAACAGGCUGUCAGCUACCCUUUUCGCACGGUUCACGGUUGGUUCAACGAAGGUGUAACGGUCGAGACAGCUGACUGCACAAACCAGGGGCCAUGGCGUAUGCGUACCUCUUCAAAUACAUCAUCAUCGGAGACACGGGUGUGGGGAAGUCAUGUCUAUUACUACAGUUCACAGACAAGAGGUUUCAGCCGGUUCACGAUCUCACUAUCGGUGUGGAGUUCGGAGCGAGGAUGAUCACUAUAGAUGGCAAACAGAUUAAACUGCAGAUCUGGGAUACGGCUGGUCAGGAAUCGUUCCGGUCCAUCACCAGGUCUUACUACAGAGGAGCAGCAGGAGCUCUGCUAGUCUAUGACAUCACAAGAAGGGACACCUUUAACCACUUGACGACCUGGUUAGAGGACGCUCGCCAACAUUCCAACUCCAAUAUGGUCAUCAUGCUCAUUGGCAACAAGAGUGACCUGGAGUCGAGGAGAGAGGUGAAGAAAGAGGAGGGGGAAGCAUUUGCCAGAGAACACGGCCUCAUAUUCAUGGAGACCUCAGCCAAGACUGCCUCUAAUGUCGAGGAGGCCUUCAUCAACACAGCCAAGGAGAUCUACGAGAAGAUCCAGGAGGGAGUGUUUGAUAUCAACAAUGAGGCUAACGGUAUUAAGAUUGGACCCCAGCAUCCUACCACCAACUCCACACUGUCCGGUAGCCAGGGAGGCCAACAGGCUGGAGGGGGCUGCUGCUGAAGCCCCAAAACACUCCUCCUCCUCCAACCCCCGACCCUUCCUCCUCCUCCUCCUCCUCCUCCUCGCCCUCUCCAACUUCCCCUUGCGUUUCUACAGAACUGUCCAGGCUCACUAACAGUUUGUUAACCUCUCCCUCUCUUUCUCUCUCUCCUCUGCUUCAUUCGUUUAUCCACCCCUCCCUCUCUCUCUUUUUUCCUCUCCGUCUUUCAGCCAUGUCUUCGCAAUGUCCCUCGCCCAUACCUAAUGGUCUUGGUUGGGGCUAUGUCCCCCUAAAAAAACCUGACUUCUUACAGUCUUACGAGGACCGAGUCAGCUUAGCCACCAAAUUCAUUUUAUUUUUUUUUGGGGCUGGUUAAAUGUAUUUUUAUCUUUUUAUUUCAAAAACAAAAACAUGCCGGUAUGUGAAGAAUUCUAUUCCAGCAGUUUAAUAUCACACACUCCUCUUAAUUCCCGAGGACGUUGUUGGGAUUUUCCCGUACCUCAGAAUCUAAAGCUAGGGUGUAUCUGCAGUAACGAUGAGGGUUCUGGGUAGAGAUUAAACACGCUCUUAACAAGCUGACUGUAUGGAACAAACCAUGCGCUGUGUUGUGUCUAUACACACACAUCUGUACAUGUUCUGGAGACAAUGACGCAGCACGUUGAUAGCAGGACAUGUUUCCACAUGUGGAGUCGGUCCUUAUGCUGUGCCUGUUUGUGUGUGUGUGUGUGUGUAUAGGGACGAUAUAUAGGUGUUCCAGUAUGCCGCCGGUUUGGUUUAGGAAGCAUUCAACUCCCUCUGUAUCUGCUGUCCAUAAAAAGUGCAAAUGAUUAUGUUAUUUUGUGCUUCCUUUCCCUGCUUGUCGCCAUGUUUUGUUCUCUCUCUCUCUCUCUCUCUCGCUCGCUCGCUCUGUCUUUGUGUCCUUUUCGUUGACUUGCAUAUGAUUUGUAUUUAAUGAACACUACAAACUGGUUGUGGCUUAAAAUAAAAGUGUUUUAAAUUGUCUGGAGAGAGAAUAAAAGAGCAAACUGUUCAGUGUGAAACUGGAUCCUUUUGGGGACGACAGAACAAGGAAAGUUCAAAGAAACGUUAAGGGAGAUUGAGAGCAGCGGCCGCCAUUAUGAAGUUGAGAAGUUUAAAAGAAAAAAAGAAGAAGAAAUGAUUGGAAAUCGAGACUUUUUGUUAACUAUAUUUAUCGGGCACGUUUUUGUGUAUAUAUGGCUCUUUAGGUUUCUAUAGCAUUUUUUUUUUUUUUUUUUGGGCUUAUUCAAGGUGAAGCUUGGCGUGUUGUUGCGGUCUCGUUAUUUCUUUACCAGGGCUGGGAAAGAGACACCUCCAGCAGCUUUUUAGCAUUUGUCCAUCUCCCACUUAAACCCUAAGGCGCCCGCGCCGCCCCGCUACAUUAAGGCCGGCCGUGCCCUUUCUUUUUAAAUGACAAGUAUGAAUGAUAGCGGGGCUGUUAACAGGGCCGCGCAGAGGCAUUUAAAGUCCCCGGUGGAGAACAGACUCCGACUUAAAAAUCUCAAGGCGUCCCUCCCUUUUUUUGAGCGAGCAAAGACUUCCACCAUGAAUUAGCUGGCAGAUAUAUAAUGUAUACUGUUUAGAGCUUGAUCGAUGACUGCUGCAAUGUUUUUUGUUUUUUCGCUCGGAGAUCUCCGAUGUAAUCAGCACCAUUUUACUGUUAUGCUCAUAUUUUACUACUUUGGUUACUUGUUAUCCAUCCCCCCCAUCCCCACUUCUUCUUCUCUCUCUCUCUCUCUCUCGCUCUCUGACUCUGUGGUAACAUUAGCUCUGUAUCUAUUUUUAAUGCCAAAUUAUUGUGCUAACCUGUGUUUUGUCAAGAAAAAAAGAAAAGAAAUUACUAAGGCCCUGUUAUAUGUCCUGAAAUCAGCUGCCUGCCUUAACUCCAGCCCCCCUGAGAGAGAUUUGGACAGCUGCUAAAAAACAAAUCAAAACUGACCGUUUUCUCUGCUGUUGUUUUUAGAUGGCUCGCUAGCUAGCUGACGAUGCAUUACACAUGCAGAGAUGCACACGUAGAGAGAGAAGUUGUAGAAACGGGCCUAGUUUGGAUUUUGCACAUGAAUUGGGGCAUUCAGAAUGAAUCCGAAACCAACAUGCUAACAUUUUUUUCUUCCCAUCCUCCCCACACACACAUAUGCACACACACACACACACACAGCCUGCAAAUGGUAUGUGCGCCCAUAUGCAGACGAUGCACACAUCUAUUUCUGUUUAUCUAACAUAGCCGUAGGGAGUUUUUGGUGGGUUUCACAGCAGUGUGUCCCUCUCUUGUUGUUCUUUUUUUAUUCCAAGAUAUAUUCAGAAAGUUAUUAAUCCUAUUCUGAUAACAAUUAUUCUUUGUAAAGCAAAAUGUAGUGUGUGUAUGUUUGUUUGUGUGCGUGCGUGCGUGCGCGUGUGGACCCAGAGGGACUCCGGGGGGGAAGGAUCAAGCCAAACCUGAUGCCUCCAUCUAUCUGUCUAUCUAUGGAUCGAUUUAGCUAUCUUUAUCUAUGUGGCCCUCCUCUCCCCCUCCCCCUGCUUCUCCCCCUCCCCCUGCUUCUCCCCCUCAACGUUAUUUGCUGUGUUUGUUAUUUGGAAAAAACAAAACUUAAAAAAAAGAAAAAAUGAAAAUGCUAUCACAAUAAACUAUAAUAAAACAUUCUAAACUC